AUGGAUAACUUGCUGAAAAAUAUCGAAAGUAUGGAAAUAACAAAUACGCAAGAGUUGAUAAUUAAUAAAAUUAUAACAAACAUUGAGAAUUUAAUUAACAAUUGUUUGGUACCGCAAAAAUUAAUAGGGAUUGAUAGACCUUGUGAUAAAAAUGAUUUCAACGAUUAUUCCCAUACAAUUGACGGCAAUUUGAUAGAUUUACUCGCGGAAUUAAACAACCUUAAGAAUUACAAUGUAGAUUCGCGAUCUUUGUCAAUUGAAGACGUUGAUGUGAGGGAAAUUUUGCUUAAAUCGGUAAUUAUAAUCGGAGAACAAAGCGAAAAAAAUCCCUGGAAUAAUUCCAGUACUUUAGAAUUAGCAAACAAGCUUUUAAUAGAACUUUGCUGGUUUUUUGCCGUUGAUAAAUUUUCCGACGUUUUUGCGAACAAUGAUCAAGACAAUAGACUCCGGGACAUUUUAUUGCUGCUCAGAGGGAAGCUGCUCAAGAGUACCUGGAAGACUUUUCCAGGAAGUGUUUGCUGCUACAAAUGGCUGCUGCAUCAAGUAGAGAUGCCUGGGCUGCUGAAAUAUCUGACGGAAGUUUUGCCGACUGCAUUGAUCAUCUACGACGACUAUGUUCCGGAGAAUCGGAUCGUUGGAUUGAUUUGCAUCAGGAAAAUUCUUGAGCACUCUUCUUUGUGGACGAAACGAGAUGACAUUUUAGCAACCUUGUUAAAUAACAUGGAACUAGAAAACAAUUUAGAACUUCGUCAUGCAUAUAUAACAAGCUUACCCCAACUACUAACAAAUAUUGGAUGUGCCAAAUGGUGCGAGCGCCUAAUUAGAAUACUUUCUGAAUAUUGCGGUCAUCACACUGAUCUGAAAACCCUGAAGGCAACUCUGCAGUUCGCAGAAAUAGUGCUGUCGAUGUUCCACGUGCGGAUUCCAGCGCAUUGUUUGGUCUUGUAUACUGCGUUCCUAAAGUUGCAUUACGAUCUGACAGAGACGCCGAUCUUCGACGAAGAAAUAAUUAGAAGCUUAGAGAGGUGUAUUUAUUUAUUGUACAAAGUAACUCCUAACAUAGGCUCUGCAAUUAUCAGGGAUGAUCGUAUGAGAAUAAUUAUUAAAAAUAGUAUUCAUACUAGUUGUUUCAGUGAUACUAAAUACUGCAAUUAG